CCGAGAGCUCCAUGAAGUCCCCCCGGGGCCGCGGACGGGGAGCUGGCUUGGGGAGGCUGUCGGGGGGGCCCCGACAUUCAUGGCAAGGCGGGGGCCGCGGCGGCGUACUCGGAGGCCGGCGGCGGCUGCCCCGAGGGACGCGGCCCUAGGCGGUGGCGAUGGGGGCCGCCCGGAUCGCACCCGGCCUGGCGCUCCUGCUCUGCUGCCCAGUGCUCAGCUCCGCAUAUGCGCUGGUGGACGCUGACGAUGUCUUUACCAAAGAGGAACAGAUUUUCCUGCUGCACCGCGCCCAGGCCCAGUGUGACAAGCUGCUCAAGGAAGUCCUGCGCACGGCAGCCAACAUAAUGGAUUCAGACAAGGGGUGGACACCAGCAUCCACAUUGGGGAAGCCCAGGAAAGAGAAGGCUUCAGGAAAAUUCUACACUGAAUCUAAAGAGAACAAGGAGGUGCCCACUGGUAGCAGGCGCCGAGGACGUCCCUGCCUGCCGGAGUGGGACAACAUCGUUUGCUGGCCACUAGGGGCACCAGGUGAAGUGGUGGCGGUGCCCUGUCCGGACUACAUUUAUGACUUCAAUCACAAAGGCCAUGCCUACAGACGCUGUGACCGCAAUGGCAGCUGGGAGGUGGUUCCCGGGCACAACCGAACAUGGGCCAACUACAGCGAGUGCCUCAAAUUCAUGACGAACGAGACUCGGGAACGGGAGGUGUUUGACCGCUUAGGCAUGAUCUACACCGUGGGAUACUCCAUGUCCCUCGCCUCCCUUACAGUGGCUGUGCUCAUCCUAGCCUAUUUUAGGCGGCUGCACUGCACGCGCAACUACAUCCACAUGCACAUGUUCCUGUCGUUUAUGCUGCGUGCCGCGAGCAUCUUCGUGAAGGACGCAGUACUGUACUCAGGCUUCACGCUGGAUGAGGCCGAGCGCCUCACUGAGGAAGAGUUGCAUAUCAUCGCGCAGGUGCCGCCUCCGCCCGCCGCUGCUGCCGUUGGCUACGCUGGCUGCCGUGUGGCUGUGACCUUCUUCCUUUACUUCCUGGCCACCAAUUACUACUGGAUUCUGGUGGAGGGGCUGUACUUGCACAGCCUCAUCUUCAUGGCCUUUUUCUCGGAGAAGAAGUACUUGUGGGGCUUCACCAUCUUUGGCUGGGGUCUUCCAGCUGUCUUUGUGGCUGUGUGGGUCGGUGUCAGAGCAACCUUGGCCAACACUGGGUGCUGGGACCUGAGCUCCGGGCACAAGAAGUGGAUCAUCCAGGUGCCCAUCCUGGCAUCUGUUGUGCUCAACUUCAUCCUCUUCAUCAACAUCAUCCGGGUGCUUGCCACUAAGCUUCGGGAGACCAAUGCUGGCCGAUGCGACACGAGGCAGCAGUACCGGAAGCUGCUCAGGUCCACGCUGGUCCUUGUGCCUCUCUUCGGUGUCCACUACACCGUCUUCAUGGCCUUGCCAUACACUGAGGUCUCAGGGACACUCUGGCAGAUCCAGAUGCACUAUGAGAUGCUCUUCAACUCCUUCCAGGGAUUUUUUGUCGCCAUCAUAUACUGUUUCUGCAAUGGUGAGGUACAAGCAGAAAUCAGGAAGUCUUGGAGCCGCUGGACACUGGCAUUGGACUUCAAGCGCAAAGCACGAAGUGGGAGUAGCAGCUAUAGCUAUGGCCCAAUGGUGUCUCACACAAGUGUGACCAAUGUAGGCCCCCGUGCAGGACUCAGCCUUCCCCUCAGCCCCCGCCUGCUGCCUGCCACCACCACCACCAACGGCCACUCCCAGUUGCCUGGCCAUGCCAAGCCAGGGGCUCCAACUGUUGAGAAUGAAACCAUACCAAUUACUAUGGGGGUUCCCAAGGACGAUGGAUUCCUCAAUGGCUCCUGCUCAGGCCUGGAUGAGGAGGCCUCUGGGGCUACACGACCACCUCCAUUGCUGCAAGAAGAAUGGGAAACAGUCAUGUGACUGGGAACCAGGGACUGGACUCCUGGCAUGGACAAAUGGAUAGAUGGACCAAAAGGCCAAUGGUUGGCUGGUUGUCCAUUCAGGACUGGAUCAGGAAGAAAAACAAAAGGAAAAAAAAAAGAAAAAAGGAAAAGGGAGCUGUGUGGCUUCCUGUGUUUCAUUCAAGGAAGGCGGGGUCUAGGAGCUAUGAGAGAGUUUGGGGAGACCUCACCCCAUGGCUGGGAGAAGGACCCUGGAUUCUAUUACCUA